AUGGCAUUCUCAGCUCAUUUUACUCAAUAUGACCGUCAACAAGAAAUUCCAGUUGAAAAUUUGGAAAAUCUACCGAUUUACUAUCGAGUCUGUUGCAAAUUUUUUCCGAAAGAUUAUGAUGAAGAAACUUGUGUAUGUAAUCGAAAAAAAUACAAAAAUCAUAUCAAAGAAGGCAAGGAAAGAAAAUGGGACAUAACGACUCAUACGAAACAAAUUAGAAAUACUGUUUAUUAUGGUCGACUCGAAAAUAAUGCUUUAUUUGUUCGUCUUGAUAUAGAAACUAAGUUAGACACAAUUGAAAAUCUUCUUUUUAAAUUUUGGAAAAUUCCUAAACCCACAUUGAUUAUGUCAAUUAUUGGUGGUACGAAAAAUUUUUCAUUAACAGAUCGACUUGAAUUAAAGUUUCUUAAUAGUAUUAUUAAUAUUUGUAUUAAAUCAAAAGUAUGGAUGAUUACGAAUGGGUUCGAUACUGGUAUUGUUCAACUUGUUGGACGAGCAAUUAAGAAAGCUCAAUUAAAACAAUCAGAUAAAGUGAUUGCUAUUGGUAUUUGUAAAUGGGGUAGUAUAAAAGAUGUGAAAGCUCUAACAAAACAGUAUUUAUUUUAUCCAUAUUUAGCUACUGCUGUCACGAUUGUAGUUGAAGGCGGUUUUGAUACUAUACAAAAUAUAUAUUAUGACUUAAGAAAUCAUAUUCCCGUUGUUAUUAUUAAUGGUAGUGGUCGUGUUGCGGAUUUUUUUAGUCGCUGGUUAUUGUCUAUGAAACAUUUAAAAAAAGACCGUUACCGUGGUACAGUGGUAUAUGAAAUCGAUGAACUAAGUGUAACAAAGGUCACGCAAUUCAGUUCUGAAAAUAAAAAACAACAAAAAUCAAGAACGAGCAUUGGUAUAGAUGCUAAGAUUGAUGUUAAUGCCUCUAAAACGACGCUUCAUGAACUAUUUGAAGAAUUUAAUGAAGAACUUGAAAUAGAUUUAAAAGAUAUUCUUGAUGGUGACAAUGAUUUGCAAAACAGAAAAAGUCUAAAUUUAAAAAUUGACAAGAAUAAGAAUGAAAAAAGACUAGCAGAUGCACUUAAUCAAGUUAGGUAUUGUCUACAGCCAGCUGUUCGUUCUUUAAUAACUGUAUUCAACUUAAAUUUGGGUAUUGACUUAUCAGGAAAAAUUUUUGAAAGUAUUGGUAAUUCAUUAGAAAUAUCAAGAGACAACGGAGAAAAACAAAACAAACCAGCAUCAUUUCUUGAAUUAGCAAUGGAUUGGGAUUGUAUUCAUGUAGCAAAAGAAUUUGUUCUGAAAAAUUCACUAACAAAUAUACCGAAUCAAGAAGAAGCAUUUAUAAAGGCUUUAGAUAAAAAUUUACCGACAUUUAUCUAUGAAUUUCUGAGAUUAGGAAUGGAUCCGGCUGAAAUAUUCUUUCCACCAAUAAAAAUUUCUUCAAAACAAUCUCGAUAUAAGAAGUUUUUUGAAAAUCUUUAUCACGAUGGUGCAGUGAAUAGAGAUCAAACUCAUAUAAAAUAUUUUAUCAAUAGUGAUAAAGAAACUAAGACCAAAAAAAUUGAUACUCUUAAAUCACUUAAUAGUGUUCUAAGAAAUCUUAUUGGUGAUUAUAUGCAUGAACUUUACUUUGAAACAGAAGAAGAAGAAACUAGAGAUCGAAUAAAAUGGGGAUUAAUAAAAAGUUCUGUACAAUCACAAUCGUAUAAUUAUGACGAUAUUGAUAAAAGAUAUCAAUCAUAUGAAGAAAUAAAACGAUAUACACAUAAAUAUAUAAUACGUGAUUUAUUUUUAUGGGCUAUAUUAAUGAAUUAUAUUGAUAUGGCUAAAGUCUUUUUAUCUUUUUUGAAAUAUCGAAUAUGUUCAGCAUUGAUUGCAACAAAAAUUUUAAAAAAAUAUCAUUCAGUAGCAAUUUAUGGUGAAUUGAAAGACAACUAUGAGAAAAAUAUUAAAUAUUUUGAAAAAUAUGCAAUCAAUUGUCUAGAUAAAUGUGAUAAUCAUGAUAGAAAUCGAACUUGUAAUAUUGUUUUACAACGAAAUGAACUUUAUGGAUAUGUUACUUGUCUUCAAGUUGCUUCGGAUGCGAACGAUAAAUUAUUUAUUUCAACACCAUCUUGUGUAGAAGCUAUGAGAAAUGUUUUGUAUGAUAAACUUUAUCCAGAACAAACAAGUACAAAGAAUCGAGGAUCUUUGUUUAUUGGUUUUAUUUCGCUUGGUCUUUUCGCUUCUUAUCUUGUUCAAUAUCGGGAAAUUGAAAUGGAGAAAGAAGUUGGUGAAUCUCUUAAACCAACUUUGGAACCACAUGGUAUAAAUUAUUCUGAUCCAUAUUCACUUGAAUAUCCUCGUUGUAUUAAAACGAUGCCUAACUUAAGUCGACAUAUACAUCGAUUAAAAAAUUUUCAUUUAUCUGUAUUGACGAAAUAUUGCUAUCAUGUUGUAUUUUAUAUAUUUUUUCUUUUACUCUUCUCCUAUGUUCUUCUCUUUAAUUUUUCACCACCAACAAAUACAAAUCCAUCAAUACAUUGGACUGAAAUCUUAACAAUAAUUUUUGUUUCAUUUAUGUUACUAGAAGAAAUUCAUUAUUUUUUCACUCAAGAUAAUUUAACCUUUCUUGGACAAUUAAAACAUUUUUUUGGUGAUUUUUUUAAAUCAAUGACUACUCUUGCAUUUAUUCUUUUCUAUCUUGGACUAAUUCUACGAUUUAGAUAUGCAGAUACCGAAGAAAAAUUUGUUGUAGCAAGAGUAAUCAUGGCAUUUGAUAUAGAAAUAUGGUGGCUUCGUUGUAUGACAUUUAUUAUUGUUAUACCAUAUCUUGGACCACAUCUUGUAGCUAUUGGGAAAAUGAUUUAUGAUCUUUUAUUUUUCAUGUGCAUCAUUGGAAUAGUUAUCAUUGCAUAUGGUGUUGCAUCGCGCUCAAUGGUCUAUUAUCCAAAAGUGAACAAUUUUACCAGAGAAACAGGUGGUCCUAUAGAUGCUAGUUUUGAUGGUCGAAGUGUUUUUCGUCAAAUUAUAUAUCCUGUUUAUUAUUUAUUAUACGGAGAAUUUCACACCCAAUUAGACGAUCUUGAUAAUAAUUCAAAUGCUGGAUGGUCAAUUACAAAUCAUAUCUUACUUGCUAUUCAUAUGUUAUUUCUUAAUAUUUUACUUAUAAAUCUACUUAUUGCAAUGUUUAGUAAACGAUUUAAUCAAACUUAUGAAGAGACACGUCAAAUUUGGCAUUCACAACGAUAUUUAUUAAUACGUGAAUAUUUUACACGCUCACCAUUUAUACCACCAAUAAGUUUUAUGUGGAAUAUUUAUUAUUUAAUUCGUAUGCUCGUCUUCUUUAUAAAACGAACAGUUUCUAAUCCAUCAGCAGAUUAUGAAGCUAAAGUAUUCAAAAUGAUUGCAAAAGAUAUAUCUAUUUCAAAUAAAUGGCGCGAAUUUGAAGGCGCAUCAACAUAUGACUAUGCUCAUGAUGAGGUCAAAGCAUUGAACGCUGUGUCAAUGAAGUCAUCAAGUGCAUUAGAUGAAUUUCAAGAUAAUUUAUUGAAAUUAAGUUCAACUAUAGACCAAAUGGAAAUAGAAUUUGAUGAGGAUUGUAAGUAA